AUGAUCCGCAAGGACGAGGCAGAACUAGACCAGCAUGGAACAACAUCAUCAACAACAACUUCUGCUUCGUCAUCAACUUCCUUUGAAUCAAUCGUGCAAGACGAGGUGCGGUAUCGCGGAUGGCGACACGCGCCGCUGCCCCCGGCCGUGGCGCGUACCCUCCAGUCCAGGGCCGAGUGGGCCAACGGGGUGGGGGCGCAUCAGCAGAGGUGCGCCGAGGAGGCGGUCCAGCGGAAGCAGGCCGAGCUCGAUCGGACCAACCACCUCUACAAGGCCCUGGCUCGCAAGAGCUUCCAGCUCAGCGUCACCCUGCUCCACCGAGAUGAUGCCACCAGUAACUACCACCAGCAGCAGCAGCAUCCGCCCCCAUCCUCUGCCACGACGCCAUCAUCCUCCUCACCGUCGCACCCGUCCAACGGGAUGCCGCCACCGUUCGACAUCCACAGAACCAUCGUGCUACCCGCCGCCAUGCCAUUGGCCAAGCUGCACAAGACCCUGCAGACGGUGAUGGGCUGGGAGGACACCCAGAAGUACACGUUUCUUACUGGCGACGGCGUGCCGAUCGCCAAGUACAACAAGGACGACAUUCCCUGCCUCUCGGACAGCAAGAUUCGGCUGGCCUACAUCGUCAAGGACCCCGGCGAUGAGCUCUACUACCAGUACGGCGAGUGGAUACACCGACUUCUCGUGGAGACGAUCGGCGCCCCGCGACGGAACAUCCCCUCCACCCGCGUCAUCUCGGGAACCGGACAGUGCCCGCCGGACGACAGUACACCUUUCAGCUAUGCUGCAGGUGUGACCUCGCUGGGCGGAGAGACGCGGCCGUUCUCGGUGGACGCGGUCAACGCGCAGCUGAUGGCGGGCCAGACCUUCUACAUGCGCAUCCCGGCCAGCGCCAGCAAGGAGCACGAGGAGUUCGUUUGCCUGCGCGCCAUGCGCACGCCCGUCAACAUCCUCGCCGCCCCGACCGCCAACCUCGACCCUGUCACGUCAUCGUCAGCGGCAGCGGCCGAGGCGGCCUCGAUCUCGUCGGCCACCCGAUCGUCGAUGAACUCGGCCACCUACUCGGCGCCCACGUCGGCCGGCCUGCCCUCGAUGGCGCCCUCCCCACCCGUACCCACGUCAGCCUCGGCAUCGACAAGAAAGGGACACCCGCCGCAGCCUCACCACCACGCCGGCGACCACCACCACCGCUACCACCAGCAGCCUCCACAGCACCACCAAGCCCCGGGGCAGAAGCGGGUCUCGGGGUCGUGGGACUCGAUGUCAUCGUCGCCAGCGUCGUCUUCUUCGUCGUCGGGGUCGCUACCGGGUGGCCACUACUACCCGUCGUCCCUGCAGCACCAUGACCUCGCGACGUGGCGCGACGAGGCCGUCGAGCAGCAGCACCAACGACACCUCUCCGCGCCCUCAUUCUUCUCAUCGUCGUCGUCGCCCGCCACGCCCGCGAGCGGCGGCGGCUUCUCCCCCUCGGCCGGGAGCUGGCUCUCCGGCUCGUUCGGCAUCCCGCGAUCGACAGCACUUCCGUCGCUGCCGCCCUCGUCGUCGUUCUCCUCGUCGUACCCGCCGUCGGAGGAGGACGCCGCCGACGACCACCUGUACUACGCGCGCGAACGAUACCCGCCUCCACCUCCAGCCGCAGCCGCGUCGCACUACCAACAGCACCACCAGGGCCAGCAAUCGCACCAACAGCGCUACCAGCCCCAUCAUCAUCAGCAGCAGCAUCAGUUCUCGCACUACGGGCCGUCGUCGUCGUCGUCGUCGCUGCCGUCGGACUCGAGUGUCGGCCCGUCACCGUCGCUGCUGUCCUCGCCCUCGCACCUCCUGCCGUUCCCCUCGCACACGCUCCCGCCGUUCCCCUCAUAUCUGCCCUCGCCCUCACCGUCGUCGACCGCCUCGGCGGCCAUGUCGAUGAUGCGCUCGCGCUCGCCCUCGCCGCUCUUCCCGCCGCCCUCGUCGCUCGGCGGAUUCUACCCCUCGCUCACGCCUUCGCCAUCAUUUUCCUCGUCUUCGUCGUCGGCGCUGCUCGACCCAUCGAUGCUCGCUGGCGGCUCGGCCGAGCGCCUGCCCCCGCUCUCCGGCACCGCCGCCCUCUUCUCGCCCGAGCCGUCGCCGCCCUUCAUGUCGUCAUCAUCUUCAUCCUCUCCCGCCUCCUCGUCGAUCAACACCGCGCUGCCGCCCUUCCCCAUGGCGAUCUCGCCGCCCAACUCAUCCUCGUCGUUCUCCCCGCAAGUGCUCGAAUCACUCUCAUCGUCGUCGUCGUCACCAUCACCAUCAUCCGGAUAUCCCUACCACCAUGGCCAGCAGCAGCAACAACAACACGGCGGCGAGCAUUCACCAGCGAACAACUCAUCAGGUGCCAAGCUAUCGCACGCGGCCACCGAUGUCGAACAAGGCGAUCAUGGCGGCAACGACUGA